AGCACGUUUAAGCAGGAGCGAACCGGUAGAGAGCGGAAACUCUCUCCGACUACCCCCCCCCCGAAAAAAAAUCGUUACCUAGUUGUAAAAAUUUGCCCUAUGUUUCUACUUUUAUUUCUUUUACAACUAUACAACUUACUUUCUUUCCCCUUUGGGCAGAAAGAUGGUACCGAAAGUCUAAUUUCCAGCUGCAAUUAAUUGUUUCAUAGUGUAUGUUGAUUACCUCUAAACGUUGCGACCUGUUAUAAAUGUAAAAUAUAAACUGUGUUAGAUUAUUCUUAUUUACUUAUGAAUCAUGUCCUGUAUUGUGUUAGUUGGUGGAGGAGUAGGUUGUGGUAAAACCAGGUUUAUAAAUUUUUUUCAAGAACAUAAAAAUGUGCUUUUCUGUUACAACCAUGAGGAAAGUAAAAUUUCGUCAGAAUCUGCGCCGUUUGAACCAAUGAAAGGAAAAUCAAAAAUAUUAACAAUUAUCUUCGAUGAUUUAUGCUCUAUUGAUGAGCAAGUGGAGAUGAUGCAAACAAUUAAAGGAUGGAGGAAUUUUCGAAUUGACCUCUUGAUGGCUGCUGAACGAUUCAUUUGUAUGGCUUGUGGUUCUGAAUGCAAUAUGGCUGGACCCUUAACUGAAAGAAGUUAUAAAUUAUUAAAAAAACUUGAAAGUUUAAAUGAACCUUGUAGUAAUAUAAAGGAUAUUAUUAUAUUUAUUGAGGAUAAUUUUUAUUACAGAAGUAUGCGCUAUGAUUGGUUUCAAAUAGCUAAAAGAGCCAACAUUGGUUUUUGUCAAGUAUUUUUGCAAUGUGCUUUGAAUACUGCCAUCCAUAGAAACAGUAUUAGAGGGUAUCACAUUCCAGAAGAUAGAAUAAAAAGAAUGCUGUCUUGUAUGGAGUAUCCUGAUUCUGAAAAAUAUAAAUGGGAAAAAUAUUCUAUUGUAUUUGAUUCUUCAUUAUCAUAUGAAAAUUCUCCAGUGAAGGAUGUGGUUAAUAUAAUAAAAGAAGCUACUAAUAAUCCUGCUGAAAUUAUGGUCACUGAAGACAAGAUUGAAGCUCAAAGAAUUUGUUCCAAGAAUGCUAUACAUCAGGCUGAUAAGAUAUUAAGAAAAUUAAUAUCGAAAAAAAUUUUGGAUAUUAAAGAAAAUCUGAUAAAUGAAGAUAUGAAGAUGGCAAUUUCUACCACUGUUAAUCUUCGUCAACAACUUCUGAAUGAUUUGAGACAAGGUAAUAUUAGUAUUCCCAAAGAACUUAUAACGAAUAUUCAGAAGGUAGGAAUAGAAUGUGUACAGAAUGAAUACGAACAAUAUUUAUCUAAAUUGUUCGAGAACAUAUGGAGAGAACGAACACUGCAAAUGGACAUAAUAAAUUUAAAACUGAAUCUCUGAAUCAGUUUUCUUGAUAUAUUUCUGCAGGCAGUAAUUGAUAUAUCUCUUUGUUAUAUAUAUAUAUAUAUGUGUGUGAAAAAAUAAUGUAAGUUAUGUAAAUAAAUAAAAAUAAUAUUUUUUUAA